UGGCUACUUUACACCUGUAUUAUUGUGUCUUAUCUGAACUGCAUAUCCAAUAUGUUAUCCUGAAGGAAAGAGAAAGAAAUCUGAAAUAACAUAAAGGAAAGUGAUUAAACCAUGUGCCCUUAAAAGUGAAAGGAGAAUAGUCUUACAUGCCACCUGUGUUACUCUACUCUGUGGAUCUUUUAACCAUUAACAUUUAAUGAGUGCAGCCUCCCCUGGAGAGGAAACACACUGAGCCAGCUGAUACAGAGGGGAGGAAUGAGCAUCCACACAUUAAACACACUGAAGGAACCCCUUACUGCUGCUAUGGUGCCCAGUAAGUUAGUGUAUGGAGAUGAAUGACUUCUGGUGGUGAUAUUUGUAAUGGAUGUAAUUGGAUGUAUCGGAUCCAGCACUGGGCUUUAAAGAAUGUGGACAUUGUCAGAGGACAAAAAGGAAACUAAAGGCUGUUACCUGUUCACUCUUUAAUAACUUAAUCCGACAGAAGGAGUUAUUUCCCACACUUAUUAGACUUAUUGGAGAGUCUCUCACCAUGCUCCCGGCUCAGGAGGCAGCCAAGAUCUACCACACCAACUACGUGCGUAACGCCCGCGCCGUGGGCGUGCUGUGGACGGUCUUCACCAUCACCUUCGCAGUCAUCACCGUGGUGGUGUUCAUCCAGCCCUACUGGAUCGGGGACAGCGUCCACACGCCGCAGGCCGGCUACUUCGGGCUCUUCCACUACUGCAUCGGGAACGCGCUCACCUCGGAGCUCGUCUGCAAAGGCAGCGCGCUGGACUUUGGCUCCAUCCCGUCCGGCGCCUUCAAGACGGCCAUGUUCUUCGUGGGGAUCUCCAUGUUGCUGGUGGUGAGCAGCAUCGUCUGCUUCAGCCUCUUCUUCUUCUGCAACGCGGGGAGCGUCUACAAGAUCUGCGCCUGGAUGCAGCUGGCCUCCAGCACCUGCAUGGUGAUUGGCUGUAUGAUCUAUCCUGACGGCUGGGACUCGGAGCAGGUGAAGCGCAUGUGUGGUCAGCGGACCGACAAAUACACCCUGGGAAACUGCACAGUGCGGUGGGCCUACAUCCUGGCCAUCAUCAGCAUCAUGGACUCCCUCAUCCUCUCAAUGGUGGCCUUCAGCCUGGGCAGCCGGCAGGACAAGCUGCUGCCAGAGGACUUCCAGGUGGAGGGUAAAGAUAACGCCUAGGCUCCCUGCGGACAACAGAGGGAAGAGAUGGACCAGACUUGGAUGAGCAGUGCUACUGACUGGAGGGAUUCAAAUAUAUUCCAAGGCUUCAGGACAGUUAAUUGCAAUCUAAAAAUAAUGUUCAAGAAGUCCAUCUUGCCCUUGAAAUUGUGAGUUUGUUAACAGACUGUUCACCUCCAGCUCAGCCCAUGAACAUUCUGUGGACUUUGCUUUCAGGCCUUUUUACCAAUAUAGAUUAGUUGGGCGAGAGAAUUGUUAUACAUGCUGAGGAGACCAUAUUCAUCUGAACAUCUUAUGUUUAAGCAGUAUUUGGAGUGAUUUUGGUUGGGCGUCCUAAUAAAAUAUGCUACAAACAGUCCUCAAAAUAAA